AUGGCUUUCCGUUAUUUGUUUACGCUCUGCGUGGUGCUGGCCACCGCCCAGGCUGGUGUGCUGCUGGCCAAUCCCUCGGUGGAUGCGGUUGCCUCCACGCAGCAGAAUGUGGUGCGCUCCUUUGACGGCACCGUGUCCAGCUACUCCAAGGCCGUGGACACGCCCUACUCGAGCGUACGCAAGACAGACACACGCAUCCAAAACAACGUCUAUACCCCAGCGGUGAAGACCACCAGCUAUGCCGCUCCACUGUACACUCAAGCGACUCCCGUGGCGGUCACCAAGAGCUUUCAGCCCGCUGCUGCCAUCUAUGCUGCUCCCGCUGCAGUUGUGGCCAAGACUGUUUAUGCCGCAGCCGCACCCGCUCCACUGGUGGCCAAGACGCUUUACUCGACGCCGGUUGUUACCAAGAGCUAUGCCCCAGCUCCUGCUGUUGCCUAUGCUGCGCCUGUUGUAGCCAAGACGCUGACCUAUGCCGCCCCAGCUCUCACCCAAGUGAGCCAUGGCCCUGCCGCCAGCACCUACAGCCACAAUGCGCCCGCUCUGGGCGUCUCCAGCUACGGCAGCUCCCAAACCGUGCACUACUCUCCCGCCGAGAGCGUCUCGCACAUGAGCUUCGAUGGCUUUGGCACCCACUGGGGCUUCUAA